AUAAAAAACCCUGAUAAAGUUAUCUACUUUGCACAUGGGAUCUACUCUCGUCUGACAGUGAAGGAAGCGCUCACAGAAGUUGCUCACUGGUUAGGUCAGCACACCAAGGAAGUGGUCAUUAUUGCUCUUUCUGCCUUUGAUGGCAUGAAUCUGGAUCAACACAAAGACCUCAUUCAAUUCCUCAUAAGCACAUUCAACAAUAAAAUUUGUCCCAAUCACAUCAUACCCUCACUACGGCAGUGUUGGAAUCACAAUUAUCAGGUUAUUCUGUCAUAUGAUGACAGAGCUGCAUCUGGAUAUGAGGAACUCUGGCCACAGUGUGAAUAUUGGUGGGCAAACACAUCAGAUCCAAGCCAUGUCAUAUCCUACCUGGAGGAGAGGAAAACAGAAGGAAGACCAG